AUGUCUGGACAGCAGCGUACUAGCAUGGGUGCAGGCACCCUGCGCCAUGGAUCAUCCUCGUCUCAUUCGUCCCAUUCACACCCCGGUGGUGCUGGUGCUGGUGCUGGUACAAUGAACGGCACGGAGAACACGUACGAUAGCGCGUCUUCUCCUUCUUCUGCUGCUGCUGCUGAAAGACACCCGAAUCCAUGUCUUACGCCUGCCCAGCGGCUCAUCGAGCGGUACGAGCGACUGAACACGCCUCCGCCCCCGCAGACUCCGCCAUCGGAAAGAUCGACGUUCCGUCGAGAGUAUCGAACGGACGAUGCGUCUGCGUCUGUCGAAAGACGGUACAGUGCAGGCACAGGCGCGCUGAGGACCCCUCUGGAUGCGGAAUCCCACAGAACCAGCGGCUCGGGGAUGAAGAAAGAUCGUUCGCCGAUUAGGCAGAGCUUGAAGAAUCUGUUUUCGGUACUCAAGAAAGGUGCUGGUGGAUUGACGAAGAAGAGGCCGGAAGAACGUGAAUCGCUUCUUGCAUUGGGAGCGGCUGGGGUAGGAUUAGCAGGAGCGGUUCAUCCUUACUCUGAAGAUUCUGUGAGGGGUAUAAACAAAGCACUACCUCCACUCGCAGAUGCUUCUGGUCGACCAAAAAAGAAGAUGACGGGGUCGUUGCAUUACCUCACUCAUAGCUCAUCCUCUCCGGACUCGAUCUCGUGGGCGGCGUGUAGUGUAACGCUCGAGCCAGAAACCCAUAAACUCCAGGUUUCAUCUUUCACUCCUGCCUCAGGCAAUCUUCCGGGUGAAGGAAUGGAACUGCAUAUACAUGAAAUUGCUUUAAGUCGAUGUGUCAAUAUACGCUCGCUCUCAACCGCGCAAUUGACUUCAAAGGAGGCACAACUUUUGCUGGAAGAGGGAGGAACACAGGGAAUUGAUGCACUGAAGGUAUUUGAAAUUUUAUUCGAGGAAGGUAGUGGACGCUCGAAUGAAAAAUUUGCUGCUCGUUCUGUGCGAGAGAGAGCGGGAUGGAUUGGUGCUAUCUGGGAUGCUAUCUUACCUAUCCAAGACGCUAAAGAAUAUAGACCACGAACGGACCAAAUACAAGAUGCUGCUUGUGCACCUUCAGUGUGUCAACAACCAGUCAAAUAUCCAGUGUCGAGCCCUCGGUCGGACGCGCCUGUCAGUCCAACAUACUUGGAAAGAUCUCUUCCAGCUCUACCUCCAAAAUCACCCAUUUCACCUCCUGCUACUCUUCCGUUGUCGUUACCGCCUGUAGCACCGCUAUUUACUCCAAAGAAAGGUCCAAGUCUUCACCUAGACCUAUCUGAAUUUAAAACACCAAUUUCACCUCCACACACGAGCCAACGUACAUCUCACAACCGUGGUCAACUUACGCCGAGCGAAAGGGUUAUAUCUCCUAGCAUAUAUCCACCUACUUCGCGGCCAGUGUCCACGUUUAUCGCAUCCCCCAUUAGCCCAACGUCUGGUCUGACCGUAGGCUCUGGAUCACCGUGCCCUAACAGUCCAUCUAUACGAAAUCUCAGCCAGCUUUCGGUUGUGAGGCAGCGCCUAGCACAGAUUGAGCGCAAUCACUCUGAGCUGUCUGCAGAGAGCAGGUAUUCCAGUGCUUGUACCACGCCGACGUCGGGUCCUGUGUCCCCGGCAGGCUCAGGGUGGUCGAAAAGGGAAGCUGUGUUCUAUAACGCGGGGACGAGAACAGGGGUUAUGUCCAGAUCCAGUUCAAAGGCGGGAUCUAGCAAAGUUGUCUCGCCUUUGAAUCAAGUAUCAACACCUGAUUUCUCAAGGAAGACAGAGGAUUCGGGACAAGGCAAAGACGAUGUCACCCCAAAGGCCAAGUCUCAACACAAAAGCAAAACAGCUACGGAUAGUACCCCUACUUGGACAAUGGAUUUGUGUUCCAAAGAUGAUAUGCGCAAACUCUCGCGCGAAGUUACAAGCAUCCGUAAUGUGCUCGGUAGAGAAACUGGAAAUCGCAGUGUGCAAGAAAUCGUCAUCGGCCUAGAGCAGCGCGCACAAGGCGACAAGAAAGAUUUGCGCGCUAUCAAGGAUACCCUCAAAGUCUUAGGGGAUCAAGUGGCGGAAGUUGUCGAAACAACAAAGACCAGAACAAUGGCGGACGCUCCUCCUCCGUCAACCAUCCCUUUGGAACGGGAAAAGUCGGAAAAGGAAGAUCGAAAAAUUGUACAAGCCCUCAAUGAAGUCAAGGAGCGGUUAUAUACCGACUUGCCGGUGCUGGUCAGCAAACUGCAAGAUAUCCAAAAUGCCCAAGAAAAGGUCGCAAGCAGUGCUAUAGUCAACGCAACAUCGCAGCCUGCGGCAGUUCCUCCAGAAGAUCUUUCUAAGAGUAUGGAUCCCAAGUUACUACUCGAUAAACUGGAGGAAGUUAAAAAAUUGUGUCAAUCUCCUGAGCGAGGAAACACAGAUGAUACAAUUAAAAAUGAGGUUACUGGAUUACAAGAGAGUUUAACUAAGCUCCUCGCUAUAGUUCAAGAAGAUGGAAAUAAACAAACUCUUUUGGCUCAGCAGCAAGCUGACAGUGUUCGUUAUUUGAAUGAGCUCAACUCGUGGCUUGAAUCUUUCGUAAACAAUGGCACAUCCCAGAUUCAGGGUAUCUCGGCCAACAUCGAACGUCUGUGCAACGAUCUCGGGGCAGGUCCUUCCAGGCCAGGAACCCCAGGUGCCCGGUCAAAUCUAGUGAAUGAUAUCCGUCAGCUCGUGGCAGGAAUGAAAGCCAGAGACCAAAAUUUUGCCUCUCUCCAGGCUGCAGUACACGGUCUCCUUGAAGUGCUAACCGUCUCCCAAACGCAGCAAGGUGCAGAUUCGCAGGCUAUUGCUGGGCUAAUGGAACGACAGCGACAUGCCCAAGAGGCCAUGUUCAGGGCUUUUACCAGUGAAAUAUCUGGCGAAAUUAAAGGAGAGCGGCUUAGGUUCGUAGAUGCUAUGAAAGAAGCAACGGCCAUCAACGUACAAUUACAUGUCGAGCAGUUUAAACAGGAACUCAACAAAGAAGUGAUGGCCAUGACAGAAGAAGUGGGGCGUCUCCACCGUGAAAAACAACAAAUAGAGAACCAAAUAUCAGAUCUAUUUUCUUUUUACUCGAAACACAAGCAAGCAGAAAUGGUACCGUUACAGUUUAAUUUAUUUCUACACACCCUCAUUGCUGAGGAUUCUUAG